UAGACAAGGACAAAAAGUGGAGGCAUAUGUUCAUUGUAAAAUUACACUGACUUUUUUAACUACCAUUCUACAUGUGACUUGAUUGUAUUACAAAAUAGUGAAUUGUAAUAUUUGUUUAUGUUCAUAGAAAUUUUAUUUAUUUGAAAAAAGAUGGGAAUCUUGGAAAAAAUAUCGGAAAUUGAAAAAGAAAUAGCGCGAACACAAAAAAAUAAAGCUACGGAAUAUCAUCUUGGUUUGUUGAAAGCGAAAUUAGCUAAAUACAGAUCUCAACUUUUGGAACCAUCAAAAAAAAGUGAAAAGGGUGAAGGUUUUGAUGUUUUAAAAUCUGGCGAUGCAAGAGUAGCGCUUAUAGGUUUUCCUUCAGUGGGAAAAUCAACAUUAUUAAGUACAUUAACCCACACGGAAUCUGAAGCAGCUUCAUAUGAAUUUACAACACUCACGUGCAUUCCUGGCGUCAUUGAAUAUAAAGGUGCCAAUAUUCAACUUCUUGAUUUGCCGGGAAUCAUUGAAGGAGCAGCACAAGGAAAAGGUAGAGGUAGACAAGUAAUUGCUGUUGCAAGAACAGCUGAUCUUGUACUUAUGAUGUUGGAUGCAACAAAACAAGAUGUUCAACGACAACUUUUAGAAAAAGAAUUGGAAUCAGUAGGUAUUAGAUUGAAUAAACAAAAGCCAAACAUAUAUUUUAAAAUUAAGAAAGGCGGUGGACUCUCUUUUAAUUCAACUUGUCCUUUGACUAAAUGUGAUGAGAAAUUAGUUCAAAUGAUACUUCACGAGUAUAAAAUAUUUAAUGCCGAAGUUCUUUUUCGAGAAGAUUGUACAGCAGAUGAAUUGAUUGAUGUUAUUAAUGCCAAUCGUGUUUAUCUUCCUUGUCUUUAUGUAUAUAACAAAAUUGAUCAGAUUUCAAUAGAAGAAGUCGAUAGAAUCGCCAGACAACAUAAUAGUGUUGUAGUUAGUUGUAACAUGAAACUUAAUUUGGACUUUCUCUUGGACACAUUGUGGGAAUAUUUAUCUCUUAUAAGAGUAUAUACAAAAAAGCCAGGUCAACCUCCGGAUUUUGACGAUGGACUCAUUUUACGAAAAGGAGUAACAGUCGAGCAUGUUUGUCAUGCAAUUCAUCGUACUUUGGCGCAACAAUUUAAAUACUCUCUUGUUUGGGGAACAAGUACAAAAUAUUCACCUCAAAGGGUUGGUCUGCAACAUAUUAUGCAUGACGAAGAUGUUAUACAAAUAUUAAAAAAAUAAAACUUUGAAAUAGAUAACUUAUUUGAUUUUAUCAAUUGUUUUGCAAAAUUUACUUCUAUAAUAAACUUAUACAUUUGAUAAA